AAGCUCGGGUCGAUGUCUAGCAGGACCGCCAACAAGUAGGGUAAAUGUUCUCUCGGACCCAGUGGAGGAGGGUGGUGCAGAGUUUGAAUCGUUGUCACAGCAUCGCCUUUAGCAAGAGGUACCUGCUCUACACAAACCUCGGCAUUUCGAUCAGCCUCAGCAUGGUGGGCGACACCAUUGAGCAGUCGUACGAACGCUAUGUGGGGGAGAUCGAUGGUUGGAACAGGAUGCGCACUUUCCGCAUGGGCAUUGGCGGCUUCACGGUGGGCUUUGUGUGUCACUUUUGGUACCAGUAUCUGGACUAUCGGUAUCCGACACGCAGCAUUGGGACUGUGAUGCGCAAGAUACUGCUGGACCAGGUCAUCUGUUCGCCGUUCUACAUCACCGUCUUCUUCAUAACCAUGGGAUUGCUGGAGCGCCAGAGCUGGGAGGAGUUCCAAGCGGAGGUCAUGGAGAAGGCAGUCGUCCUUUACAUGGCCGAGUGGACCGUUUGGCCGGCCGCCCAGUUCAUCAACUUCUUCCUCAUCAAGCCCCGCUAUCGUGUCUUCUACGACAACUCUAUGAGCCUUGGCUACGAUAUAUACACCUCCAAGGUGAAGUACCGGAAAAAGCCAUCACUCGAGAGCCCCGAAGCCUAGGCGAAGGGACAAUCGGAUCAGGACCUGCAUCCGUAAAUGUUCUGCACUUUUUAAAUUAAAUUAUUUCGUAACCGACUUGUUGAUUACUAAGAUAAAACGCUUGGUAUCCAUGAGGACCUCAUGAUGUUUCAUGAUUGUUUCAUGUUGGAAAGAAAAUUAAAUCCUGAAUAUA